ACAACAUAUACACAAAAACCCUAAACCCUACCGUCUCUCUCUCCAUACACACACAUUCAAGAAACACUAUAUUCAUAAUCUAUCACAAUUUCACAAUCUUUUUUUUUUGUUCUUUGAACCGAUUUCGAUUGGAGUGUAGAGGAUGGCUCAGACAACGGAGGGAGUAUCUGAGACUGUGGAAGCAGUCCGGUUCAGUUUCAUGACGGAUGAAGAAGUGAAGAAGCAUAGUGUUGUCAAGAUUACAAACCCCAAUUUGGUUGACAAUAUGAACAAUCCAGUGCCUGGUGGGCUGUAUGAUCCGGCAAUGGGUCCAAUGCAUGAACAGGCAGUUUGUACUUCAUGUAGUCAGCGUUUGCUUAUUUGCCCAGGUCAUUGUGGUCAUAUUGACCUUGUUGAACUGGUCUACAAUCCCUUACUAUUUAAUAUUCUUCACAAACUUCUACAACGAACCUGUCACUCAUGUAAGCAUUUUAAGGCGGGCAAAUUUGAGGUUGAAAAAUGUGCUUCUCAAUUGGAACUCAUAGCGAUAGGUGACAUUAUUGGGGCCAAAAGGUUGGAUUCAAUCUUAGAUUUGGAGGAUAGUGAUGAGAACCAUAUUCCAUUUCCUACAGUUCAUUUUGGUGACAGAAAUAUCAGCUCUAAGCAGUUGAAGCAAGAUUGGACCUCUCUUCAACUAACUGAAGCAAUGUCUGUUCUUGAUAGAUUCCUGAAGCUAAAUUCUGUAAAAUGUGUGAAUUGUGAGGCCAUGAAUCCUACAAUCGUUAAGCCUACUUUCGGAUGGUUUCAUCUGCAAACGGAUAGUGAGCGAGCUAAACAAAACAUUAUUAGAGGUUGCGAAUUGGGAAGACAAGAUAGUGGUGGAGCUGAGGAGAAUCCUUCCUCUGAGGUGGUAAAUGCUAACAAUUUUCCUUUGGAAGAUGGUACUGACACUGCUGAAAUCAAUUCAUUUAACGAUUUUAUGACAAAACGGAAUUGGCACAAAGAGGGGCUUGUGCCUUUGGAAUUUGUUGAGCUUAAGAAGAAGAAGAAGAAGAAGAAGAUCUAUUCACGAACUUUCUUGCCAACUGAAGCUAGAGAUCUUAUGGAGGGAUUGUGGGAAAAAGAGGCCCGCCUUUGCUCAUUUAUAUGUGAUUUUCAGCGGGAGCGAUUUGAUACGUCUGGCAAGAUCUCUGGCCAUGCGAUGUUUUUUUUGAAUACUAUUCUUGUGCCCCCAAUCAAAUUCCGCCCUGCUUCCAAGGGAGCUGUAUCUGUGAUGGAACAUCCUCAUACUGUUUUGUUAGGCAAAGUGAUCCAGUCCAAUAUUGCUUUGGGGAAUGCUUUUGAUAACAAACUAAAGUCCAAAACCGUUGGUCGCUGGAUGGAUCUUCAAAAUUCUGUAAAUGUGUUGUUUGACAGCAAGACUGGCAUGGGUCAAAAAGAUGUUAUUUCUGGAAUAUGUCAGUUGCUGGAGAAAAAGGAGGGCAUCUUCCGCCAGAAAAUGAUGGGAAAGAGGGUUAAUUAUGCAUGCCGCUCUGUUAUAUCACCAGAUCCUUAUUUGGCAGUUAAUGAAAUUGGGAUUCCUCCAUAUUUUGCACUGAGGUUAACCUAUCCAGAGAGGGUGACUCCUUGGAAUGUUAACAAAUUGAGGGAUGCCAUCAUUAAUGGCUCUGAAAUCCAUCCUGGGGCUACACACUACGUUGAUAACUUGUCUACUGUGAAGCUGACACCAAACAGAAAAAUGCGUAUGUCAAUUUCUAGAAAAUUACCUUCUUCAAGAGGUGUGGUUACGCAAUCUGGGAAGACUGGUGACUAUGAAUUUGAGGGCAAAAUUGUAUAUCGCCACUUGCAAGAUGGAGAUGUUGUGCUUGUCAAUCGACAGCCUACACUUCACAAGCCAAGUAUAAUGGCACAUGUAGUUCGUGUGUUGAAAGGAGAGAAAACUCUUCGCAUGCAUUAUGCAAAUUGCAGUUCCUACAAUGCUGAUUUUGACGGUGAUGAAAUGAAUGUUCAUUUUCCUCAAGAUGAAAUUUCGCGUGCUGAAGCUUAUAACAUUGUAAAUGCUAAUAAUCAGUACAUUGUUCCAACAAGGGGAGACACUGUUAGAGGCUUGAUUCAGGAUCACAUUGUAAGUGCCGUGCUUCUUACAAUGAAGGAUACGUUCCUAACUUGCAACGAUUUCAAUCAGCUUCUCUACAGUUCUGGUGUGUUUGUUGCUCGGCCUGGUUCAUUUGCUGGCAAUCGUUGCCCAAAAAUAUCUGUAGUGAACUCUGAAGCCGUGGUGCAGCCAGUUUUGCCUGCUGUAUGGAAGCCAAUGCCACUUUGGACAGGGAAGCAGGUCAUAACUGCAGUGCUGAAUCAUCUAACUAAAGGUUGCAAACCUUUUACUGUUGAACAUGAGGGGAAGAUCCCCAGUACAUAUUUUGCAAGUAAAACUGGUUUAAAUCAAUCGAGCGAAGAUAAAGAAGAGAAUUCUGAACAUAAGUUGUUAAUUUGGAAAAAUGAGCUCAUCCGUGGUGUGAUUGACAAGGCACAGUUUGGCAAAUAUGGUUUGGUUCACAUGGUGCAAGAGCUCUAUGGCUCAAACACUGCAGGCAUUUUGCUUUCUGCUCUCAGUCGCUUAUUUACAGUAUUUUUGCAGAUCAAUGGAUUCACUUGUGGGGUAGAUGACCUUAUUAUAUCACCACAUUACGACGUCCAAAGGAAGGAUAAACUUGAAGGUGAAGAUGUUGGUGAGGAGGUUCAUUAUCAGUUCGUUAACCUCACGCGUGAUAAAAUAGAUGAAAAAAAACUCCAAUUGGAAAUAGAAAAGGCUAUACGCCGUAAUGGACAAUCUGCCAUAACAAGCUUGGAUAUGAAGAUGAAAAGUAAACUCAGUGAGAAAGCUUCUGAGAUCAACAAAGAUUUGUUGCUUAAAGGACUUUUAAAACCAUUCCCAAAGAACUGCAUCUCUCUUAUGACCAUAAGUGGGGCUAAAGGUAGUACGGUUAAUUUCCAACAAAUUUCUUCUUUUCUGGGGCCACAAGAAUUAGAAGGAAAAAGAGUGCCUCGAAUGGUUUCUGGAAAGACCUUACCCUGCUUUGUUCCGUGGGAUUUUGCCUCUCGAGCUGGAGGCUAUAUUACUGAUCGCUUUCUUACCGGUCUUCGCCCUCAAGAAUAUUACUUCCAUUGCAUGGCCGGUCGUGAAGGGUUAGUUGAUACGGCAGUCAAAACAUCUCGUAGUGGAUACCUGCAAAGGUGCUUGAUAAAAAAUCUGGAGUGCCUGAAAGUUUGUUAUGAUCAUACCGUUCGUGAUGCAGAUGGUUCCAUCAUUCAAUUUUGUUAUGGAGAAGAUGGUGUAGAUGUACAUCAAACAAGCUUUAUUACAAGAUUUAAAGCACUGGCAGAAAAUCAAGAUAUCAUUUCCGAAAAUUUUCAACAUCAGCUUGAAUUCAAUACCUAUAUUAAGGAGUUGCCCGACGGGCUCAAAAAGAAAGCGGUAAAAUUUGUUGAUAAGUUACCAAUGGAAGAGAGAAUUUCUUUAAAACUAGAGAGGCAAGAGGAUUUCUUGAAGUUGAUGAAGCAAAAGUACCUCUUAAGUCUUGCACAGUCAGGAGAACCAGUGGGUGUGAUUGCUGCUCAAUCUGUAGGUGAACCGUCGACACAGAUGACACUAAACACUUUCCAUCUUGCUGGCCGUGGAGAAAUGAAUGUGACACUUGGUAUACCACGUCUGCAGGAGAUCUUGAUGACUGCUUCAAAUGAUAUUAAGACUCCUAUUAUGACAUGUCCUUUUCUAGAAUUGAGGUCAAAGGGUGAUGCUAAGUGCCUUGUGGAUAAAAUGAAGAAGGUAACAGUUGCUGACGUGAUGGAAACUAUGGAAGUACAUGUUUUGCCAUUAUCCGUUAACAAUGGCGAAGUCUGUAGAAUUUAUAAGCUGACAAUAAAGCUAUCCAAACCUAAACUCAUAUCAUUAGGAGACUGUGUGGAGACCUUGGAAGAGACCCUGGAAGUUAUUUUCUUGAGGGAGCUAGAGGACGGGAUACAAAAUCAUCUGGUUUUGCUCUCCAAAAUUAGCGGCAUCAAGGACUCAGAUGAAGAUGCUUCUGGCAGCAGAUCACGAGGAGAAGGAAGUGGUAAUGAUGGUGAUGGUGAUGGUGAUGGUGGUGGUGGUGGUGGUGGUGGUGGUGGUGGUGGUGGCGAUGGUGAUGGUGAUGAUGACGACGAUGGAGAUGGUGAUGAAAAGGCUGAUGAGGAUCUAGGUUUGGAUGCACAUAAAAGAAAAGAACAAGCUACAGAUGAGAUGGAUUAUGAGGAUGGAUCUGAUGAAGAAGAGGCAUCAGCUGAGCUUGAGAAAGAAAUUAGGGAUGAUGAUGAAAUUGGGGCUGGAAGUGAAAUUAAGGAUGAUGAUGAAAUUGGGGCUGAAAGUGAAAUUAGGGAUGAUGAUGAAAUUGGGGCUGGAAUUGAAAUUAGGGAUGAUGAUGAAAUUGGGGCAAAUGAAUCCUCCGAAAUGUCAUACAAGGAUGACGUUCUCUCGAAGCCUAAAUCAAUGGACAGGAAAACCAAAUCAAAAGACAAAAAGAAUAAGGUUAAGGUGAAACUAGCCCCAAAAAAAACUGAUAAAAAUAUUUUCGUGGAAGCUAAAGGAUUGCACUUCGAGGUCCACUUCAAAUUUACCCAUCAACCUCAUAUUUUGCUGGCUCAGAUUGCUGAGAAGGCUGCCAAGAAAGUUCAAAUCAAGAGCUCUGGGAAGAUUGAUCUGUGUCAAUUGAUUAAAUAUGAUAAAAACGAACAAGUGAUUUGGAAGGAGGAUGAGGAACAAAAUACAUUGGCUAUAAAAUUGGAGAACAUGAAAGUUUCUAGUGUUCAGGAAUUGCAGACAGACAUCAAAGAUCCCAAUGCUACGUCACUACAGGCAGAAAAGACAGACCAAGAUAAUCAGGCACAGCGGACAGAUGCAGAUAUUCCCGCCCCUUGGGCACUGAAGACAGCUGGAGUGGAUUUCUGGGCAUUUUGGGAAAUGCCAGAAAAUCUCGAUAUCAGCCGUAUUUACUCCAACAACAUCCAUGCGAUGCUAAAUACGUUUGGAGUAGAAGCUGCCAGGGCAACCAUCAUAAGGGAGGUGAAACAUGUUUUUGGGAUUUAUGGCGUAGAAGUUGAUUACCGGCACCUUAGCCUAAUUGCCGACUACAUGACCCACUCGGGUGGGUACCAGCCGAUGAGCAGACACGGGGGCAUAGCAAAAUCAACAUCGCCUUUUCUAAAGAUGUCUUUUGAGACAGCUUCCAAAUUCAUUGUUGAAGCAGCAUAUCAUGGGAUGUCUGAUACCUUGGAGACACCGUCUGCUAGGAUCUGCCUUGGCUUGCCGGCAAAGGUUGGUACUGGCUGUUUUGACUUGAUGCAGAAAUUGGAAAUCUGAUGUACAGAAUUAUAAAUUUAUAACUUAAUGUAAAAUGUUAUUGUUAUUUGAGUAAUUAGUAUGCUGUUUCUACUUUGAAUUGUUUGGGAAAUGGGAAUCUUUUUCAACUGUAACAUGUACAAGUCAAUCAAUUUUAAUUUAUUUUUUUAGUAUAAUAGUAAGAAAUAGAAGUUGCGAGGA